AGGGAAUACCAUUAAAUGGCAGCAAAUGACCAGUUAUGGAAGAUGCAGCUUUCCAUACUGGUCUUCGCCGGCCUGUGGUCGGCCGUGGCUCUGCACCCCCGCUCCGUGCUGGACGUGUGCACUGCCAAGCCCAAGGACAUUGCCGUGAACCCCGUCUGCAUCUACCGCAACCCCAACAAGAGGCUGCAGGAAGGGAAGAGCGCCGUGCCUGCGAACAUCCCCCCCUCCGUCAACCCCCGGGUCUGGGAGCUGUCCAAGGCCAAUAACCGCUUCGCCACCACCUUCUACCAGGAUCUGGCCCUCUCCAAGGAUGCUGAUCAGAACAUCUUCCUCUCCCCGCUCAGCAUCUCCACAGCCUUCGCCAUGACCAAGCUGGGGGCCUGUGGAGACACCCUCCAGCAGCUCAUGACGGUGUUCAAGUUCGACACCUUUUCAGAAAAGACGUCGGAUCAGGUCCACUUCUUCUUCGCCAAACUGAAUUGCCAACUUUACAAGAAGAUCAACAAAUCCUCUGAGCUGGUGUCAGCAAACCGCCUCUUUGGGGAGAAGUCCCUGAUCUUCAAUGAGACCUACCAGAACGUCAGCGAGCUGAUCUACGGAGCGAAACUCUUGCCUGUGAACUUCCGAGAGAAGCCGGAGUCAUCUAGAAGGGUCAUAAAUGAAUGGGUGGCAAAUGCUACAGAGAGGCGCAUUCUGAACGUGGUCCCGGAAGGUGCCAUCGACGAGAGCACGGUUUUGGUCCUAGUCAACACCAUUUUCUUUAAGGGCCACUGGGAAUCCAAGUUCCACCCUGAAAACACCAAGAUGGAUCCUUUCCACAGAACCAUUGCUGGGCCCUGCCAAGCGCCGAUGAUGUACCAGGAAGGCAAAUUCCGCCACGCGUUCGUCCCGAGCGCCAACGUGCAGGUGCUGGAGCUGCCCUACAAAGGGAACGACGUGAGCAUGGUCCUCAUCCUGCCCUACGUUGGCACGCCCCUGGCUCAAGUGGAACGGGAGCUGACAUCGCAGAAGCUGGACGACUGGCUGAACUCCCUGGAAGAGGUUCUCCUCGCCCUGCACCUGCCCCGGUUCAAGAUAGAGGACAGCUUCAGCAUGAAGGAGAAGCUGCAGCGCAUGGGGCUGAGGGACAUCUUCAGCCCUGAGCGGGCCAGUCUGCCAGGUAUCCUUGCAGGCGGUGGACUACCACUUUACGUGUCUGAAGUGUUUCACAAAGCUUUCCUGGAGGUGAACGAGGAAGGCAGCGAGGCCGCGGCGGCCACCGCAGUGCUGCUCAUGGGCCGCUCGUUUCCGCUGAACAAAGUCUCCUUCAACGCCUGCAGGCCCUUCCUGGUGCUCAUACGGGCCGUUUCCCUGAACUCCAUCCUCUUCAUGGGCAGGGUCGGCAACCCGUGCUCUUAACGCCUCGGUCAUCUCGCUCUGGUCUUGUCUCACGAGUGUCAACCCUUCUGGACAUCUCUGUGUCUACCUAAUAAAAAAAUACCUUUCCCCGA